AUGCCAAAAUUCUCAGAUUAUAGUUCAUUAUUAGCCCAUUUAAAACAAUGUGUAGAAAAAGGAAGUAAAGAACAUACCAACGCUGCUAUAGUAGAUUAUAUUAAUUGCUAUUCUGAUUUAGAAAUUGAAGAAAGUCAGGAUGACAAAAUAAAUAAUCAGUCAAUCAAAAAAGAAAUUGAACCAAUUAUUUAUUCAUUGAUUGCCAAUACAUUCAAGGGAACACAAGUACUAAAUACAAACAACAAUGCUUCCACGUCUCCAAUCACUGCAACAUCAGAUAAUACACCACCUCCAACACCUAACUUUACACCAGCGUCACCUGAAUCAAUUUUAAAAAAACCAAAGCCAAUCCCAUUAAGAUUUAGCACCAAUGGCGUAAUAAAUUCUUGUGAAAAAAAUACAAAGUACUAUUACCUUGACCCAAGAGAAUGUGAAGAAUUAAAAAAUAAGAUGAUAUUAGGUCAAUUUAUAUUGUUUUAUGGAACAAGGUCAUCAGGGAAGACUACAACCUCCAUUACUGUAUGUGAACUUCUCAAUAGUAUUAAAGGUCAUUUGUCUAUUUUUAUCGACCUUCAAGGUCAAGUUAUAAAUAGUUCUUUAGAUUUUUGGAAAGUGUUAAUCAAUUCAAUUAGAAUGCAAUUAAGUAUUGAUACACCAACCACUAAAGAAAUUGAUGAAAUGAGCAUACGUCAAUUAAAGGAUUUAAUUACCUUCAAUAAUAGGAAAUCGUUAUUAUUCAAUAAAAAGGAUGUCCAUUUAUUUAUAGAUGAAUUUAAUAAUAUCUCUGAUGGAGGUGAAGAAACGAUAACUCAAGUUUUAUCGGAUUUUAGGGAAUGGAAAAAUCAAUCAUCUUUAUCAGCGAUUAAAUCUCUUAUGGUCAUUGGAACCUUUUCGAUUUUAGAUUUUAAUACCUCAAAUACAAAUACUUCUCCAUUCAAUAUUGCUCAAAGUUUUAAAGUUUUAAAUUUUCAAAAAGAAGAGGUUGAGAUAUUAUUUUCAAAAUUUCAGAAAUCUAGUGGUGUAGAAAUUUAUCCACAAGUUAUUGAUGAUAUAUUCAUUAUUACCAAUGGCCAUAAAGGACUUGUCAAUUUAGUUGGAGAGAUUAUUCAAACUUCUCUUGAACCAAAUAUUACAAAAAAUGUAUGGGAUCAUUUAAUUAAUAAGCAAUUAAUGAUAAAAUUAUCGAAAUACAAAACUGUAACAAGUAUGACUCGUUGUUUAAACACUGGUUCAAUUGAUUUUUUAAAGACAAUUAAAGAUAUUUUAUUUAAAUCCUACUAUUCAGAUACACCAAUAAGCAAAACAAUUGAAUCGAAUUACCUUGCACAUGAAGGGAUUUUAUCUCAAGAUAUUGAAGAAAUAAAUGUUUUUAAUUUUUCAUCAAAUAUAAUAAAAAAUUUGGUUCUUCACCACCUCAGAUCAAAAACAGCUAUCGUAGGUUCUGUUCCAUUUAUAGGAGACAAUAAAGAACGUAUUGAUGUCCAACAAUUAAUUAUUAAUGCCGCCAAACAAAUUAGUCCUUUAAUUAUAAUCAACGCAAUUCAAAGAAGUUUUAAAAAAUGUACCAUUAGAACAUCACAAUUUGGACAAAAAGUUCCAUGUGAAUUUAUUUACACAAAUGAAAUGUCAAUUUAUUUGACAUUAAUUAUCAGUGAACGUGCAAAUUCCAAUUCACGUUACUAUAUCUCACCAAAUAAUAAUAUAUUAUACAAUAAAAAAACAUAUAGACCCGAUCUUGUAAUUGGCAAUGAAUUAUUGGGUCGUUAUGUAAUAUUGGAGUUUGUCGCUACAUCAUCUAAUGAAGACGUAAAUGGACACAUAGAAAGAACUCGCCUCUAUAUUGAAAACUAUCCUGGUGCAACUGAGGGUUGGGUAAUUCAUUUUACAAUGGUUCGUGUCUCUAAAACAUAUCAAUACCCAAAAGUACCAGUCAAGUAUACAAAAGUUGGAAUAAUUCAUAUUUACCAUGAUGAAAAAUAUUCAAAUUUGGAAUUCACCAUUUAUCCACCCGUAACCCAAAGUUAA